UGUCGUAAAAACCUUAAAAAGCCCGGCAAACACUCUUCACUGCAAAAAAAAAAAAAAAGAAACAACACCACCACACUGUCUCACUCUCUGUCUCUCUCUCUUAAAGUGGUGUUUCAUAUUUUGUUUAGAAACAGGUAGAUAUACGGUUAUAAAUGUUAGCUCAUAUAGCCAUAUAUAGCAAGUUUACAAAUGCUGCUUCUGGGCCAUUAGAUACUACCAAACUCUGUAAAGCCUAGAGUGGCUAGGCUUAUUUUUCUCCGAAUACCCUCUGGUGUAUACAUCGUGUAAUUUUUCUUUCUCUAUAUAUACAAUAUUUUGGGUGUUGUAUACAUAGAGAGAAGACUAUAUAUAUGGCCAUGGUGAAGGUAUCAGUUUUGUUGAUUGGGAUUUUAACAGUACUUGUUUUUGGGAACUGGGUUGAUGGGUUUGAGGAGAUUCUUAAUUUAAAUGAAACAGCAGCGUCUUUCUUGGACUCAGAACAUAUGGAGGCUUUUGGAGCCUCCAAAGCUGCAAGAGCUACUGAUGUUUUGAUGGUGGGGCUUACCCUUAUUCAAGGUGCUGAUGCCAAAGGAGCAGUCUGCAUGGAUGGAACAUUACCCGGCUAUAAUUGGCAUCGUGGGUAUGGGUCAGGAGCAAAUAGUUGGCUCAUUCAAUUGGAGGGAGGUGGAUGGUGUAACAACCUUAGAAGUUGUGUUUACCGGAAAACAAGCCGGCAUGGAUCCACAGCUUACAUGGAAAAGGAAAUAGCAUUUACGGGAAUACUGAGCGAUAAAGCUGGAUAUAAUCCUGAUUUUUACAACUGGAAUAGAAUAAAACUCCGUUACUGUGAUGGUGCCUCUUUUAGCGGGGAUAGUGAAAAUAAGGCUGCACAACUGCAAUAUAGGGGACAACGUAUAUGGUUGGCUGCAAUGGAAGAAUUUAUGUCAAAGGGAAUGCGCUCUGCUAAACAGGCUCUUCUUUCUGGCUGCUCUGCUGGGGGACUAGCAUCUAUUUUACACUGUGAUGAGUUUCGAGGUUUAUUUUCAGGCAAUACUAAAGUGAAGUGCCUAAGUGAUGCUGGAAUGUUUCUUGAUGCGGUUGAUGUAUCUGGUGGGCGCACCCUCAGGAAUUAUUUUGGUGGUGUGGUAGGCUCGCAGGGACUGAAAAAUACUCUGCCACGUGUUUGUACUGACCACCUAGAUCCAACUUCGUGCUUCUUCCCUCAGAACUUAGUUGGCAACAUUAAAACCCCACUUUUUAUUCUCAAUACAGCCUAUGAUUCAUGGCAGAUCCAAUCCAGCCUAGCUCCACCUUCAGCAGAUCCCUCAGGCUAUUGGCAUGAUUGUCGAUUAAAUCAUUCAAAAUGUUCCCCAGCCCAGAUCCAAUUUUUGCAAGGGUUCAGGAAUGAAAUGCUGAAAGCAAUAAAUCGCUUCUCAUUGUCUAAACAAAAUGGGCUGUUUAUAAAUUCAUGUUUUGCUCACUGCCAAACAGAGAGGCAGGACACUUGGUUUGCUGAUAAUUCUCCUGUUAUCGGAAACAAGGCCAUUGCACAAGCUGUUGGAGACUGGUAUUUCGACCGAACAAGCGUUAAAGCCAUCGACUGUCCUUAUCCUUGUGACAAGAGUUGCCACCAUCUGGUUUUCAGACAAGCCUAGUUCUACCGAUUGGUUUAUUCACAUGAUACCUUACUGAGUAAUAUAUUUAGUUCCAUUAGAUAUUGAAACAACUAAGCAAGUCAGUUGAAUUUGAAGAUGACAAUAAAAGAUGAAGGUUGCUGAAAAGUGCAAAUGUAUCCAGCGCCUUUUGCAUUGAUUUUAUAGCAAUUUGAUGUGUUUAUGUCUUCAACUAUGUUGUAAUUGUGAUAAUUCAUUUUUUACAAUUAACCAAUAAGACAAGUUGCAUAUACUUAAUACUUA